UGAAUAUUGAUGAUUAUUCGAAUUGGUGUGGUCAAAAAUAGAAAUGUUUCGGAAUUUCGUCUUGACUCCCCAACAAUAUUAAAGAACACCUGUAGAGACCAUAAACCUUUAUAUAUCCUACCAAUACAGUCUAUUACCAUAUCGAGAGAACCACUAUCAAGAAGAAAUCGCACGAACAUAGGCCUAAAACUACGCAAGCCGAAAUCAAUUGGAUACAAGUAAAAUAAUGAAUAACCCCGAGCUUUACGCGAAAUCGAAUCCUUUUCAACUUCGCGAUGCCAAGAUGGUUCUUAGUUCUUUUGCUCCUCAAAUGGAAGAAACAACGGAUACAGAUUCGAUUUUGGAUAUCGGAUGCGGAGUGGGAAACGUUACUAAUACGAUUUUAAGGCCGAUAUUUUCUAAAUACAGAAGAAUAAUCGGCGUAGACAAGUCUACGGAGAUGGUCGAUUUUGCUCGCCGCCAUAACGCGCAAGAUAAAAUUGCCUACGAGCGUUUAGACAUUUGUGAAGACGUUGAAAAUUUUAAAAAUACUUGGGGAUGUUUUUCCAAAAUAUUUUCUUUUUAUUGUUUGCAUUGGAUCAAAGAUCAUCGGAAAGUCUUAAAGAAUAUCGACAAGUUAUUAUCCACUAACGGAGAAUGCCUUUUGGUUUUUGUCGCGCAGUGUCCCGUCUUCGAAUUAUACGAAAUCAUGGCGACAUUACCGAAAUGGAAAAACGUAAUGAAUGAUGUAGAAAAUUUCAUACCCGACACACAACAUUCGUUACAACCUGUAUUCGAUUUCAGUAAAUUAAUGAAAGAAAGCGGGUUAGAAGUCUUGAGUUGUGAAACCAUGCACAUGGAAUUCACUUUUAACAGCAUCGAUAUUUUAAAAAACUGUGUUUGCGCAAUUUCCCCGUUUGUGAGCAGAAUACCCGAACACGAUAAAGAAUCAUAUAUCUCGGAUUCACUAAAAAUACUCUCGGCAUUGGCUACACACGAAAGAGAUGCGAACGACAACGAAGGUUACGGAUUUUCCUACAAAUUGAUGAUCGCCAGAGGAAGGAAAUUAUAGUCAUUCGCGAUGUAAACUGUAUUUAUAAGAUUCCUGUAAAUUAUUUAAUGUUUAUAUAUCAAUAAAAGUUUUUUAUUUUA